AAAAGCUGAGUCAGAAAGCCUUGAGCCAACGCGACUCCUUACCACUUCAUAUCGCGUUUGUUACGUUACCAUUGACCAGUUGGAUCUUCGUGAAUUGCUAAAGGAGAAUCCCAGCCAUCUGACCGAUCCCACGAUCACUCCUAGCCUACAUUUCGCUUAGUAGCCAAAUGUAUAAAGAGUCUGAUCAGUUACCUCGUAGAAUGCUGCGGAGACAAGGCGGAUUUUACGACGAAGACGACUGCCCUCCAAACGAAGUCAGUGCUCCAGACUCCGUUCCAGCUGUUGACCCCCAGCCGUCCAAAAGUCUAAUAAGGACAAGGAGCUCUCUAACCCACAAGCCUUACGCUCAACCAUUCUGUAAAAUAUGCUUUUCUGAUGAAGAAGUUGAUGACAACAAGGGUCAGCUAUGUAGCCCAUGCAAAUGCCGUGGCUCAAUGCAAUACGUACAUGUCAGAUGCCUAGAAGAAUGGAAAAAAGAACAACAAUGUUUACGGCGACCAGUACAAUGCGAGCAGUGCUCACAUUUAUAUCUGUCUAGUCCAAUAUCAUUAUCGCGACAAGUGGCUCACUGGGUCUACGUUAUCACCCUCACGUGCGCGGUAUUCUACGCGUAUGUAGUUCUCUAUGGUCUACCGAUGAAGUUAUUCGUUCAUGUACUUGACCUCAGCAACGAUUCUGUGGUUUACGUAGCAGAAGGCACGCAUAUCUCCAUUCGACGAGCAUACGAACUGGUACGACCCAUGACUCUAAAAGUACUGUAUACCGUGGAUACAACACAUCUUUUGCUUGGUUUUAUUUUGUUUGGUUUGGUGUCAGCCACUUCAUUCCCUGGCUUUGGAAUAGUGUGCUUGUCCCUGCUGGCGUUUACGAACUUUACAGUCAGGUUGAACAGUCAAGCCCAAGAAGACUACCAGCUCGAAGACAGCUUACACAAGAUCUGGAUUCACAAUGAUGUAAAAGCAAGACCGUAAUUUUUUUUUUGUUUGAAAUAAGCCAACCAUCCCCCCCCCUUGCCCGUAGAUAAAUUAUCCUUGACCUGUAAAUUUUCAAUUUCCCAACCUUUCCCCUUU